AAUGAAUUUAUGUUCUUUUUUUGUGUGCUAAAUUUGAGAGAAAUUGGUCGGAGAGAGAUGAUGACGUGGGUUGAUGGUGAAGAAUGGUUUCUCUUCAGUCUUCACAACCACACAGAAGAAAGGUGUUUUGUUCACUCCAUCCCCACAAUUCACAAAUCUACUUCUAGAUCACAAAUUAAACACGUCUGCAACCAAUAGAAUCUCACAACAAACUUUCCAAACUCAACUAUUAGUCACCAGUAAAACCAUGUCUUGUCAUUCUCAUUUCACUUUCUCAAACCCUCAUUUUUUUCUUUUUCCCGCUAAACAAAUCCAACCACUACUUCGCUUCAUAAACAAAUUCAAAAUAUCUUCUCCAUUUCAUAUCUCCUAAUUAUAAAAUUAAAACCCCUUCUCCUUCUUUAUUUCGCUAUAAUGGAGUUUUAGGCCUAAAUCAUCAACAAUCCAAUUAAUCAAACAUGGAUGUUCUAUGUUACUAUGUGUGUUCUAAUUCUUCAUCGUUAUCGUCGGAAAAACUACGCGUCCUGAGUUCGAUUCCCGCUGCAAGCAACGCUAUACCUAGGUUUUUCGGGAGUUCGGCAACGCUUAGAAUCCCUAGUGUAAUCUCUUCUAAUUUGAGAAUUCACAGUAGCAAUGUUGAACUAAAGAAAAAGAGAGAAAUUCCGGCGAAUAACAAAAAUUUGAGUGUGAAAAAGGGGGUUCAUCAAAAUGGGGAUCCACUAGGUAGGAGGGAUUUAGGGAAGGCAGUAGUGAAGUGGAUACGACAAGCAAUGAAAGCUAUGGCUUCGGAGUUUGCGGCGGCAGAGUUGAGGGGUGAUUUCAAGGAGUUAGAAGAGAGAAUGGGACCUGGUGUUACAUUUUUGAUUGAGGCUCAACCUUAUCUAACUGUAGUGCCUAUGCCUCUCGGUCUCGAAGCCGUGUGUUUGAAGGUGUGUGCUCAUUAUCCUACAUUGCUUGAUCAUUUUCAGCGUGAGCUCAAGGAGGUUCUUCAAGGGUUGGAGAAGGAGGAGGUUGUGGAGAAUUGGAGGGAGACUCAGUCGUGGAAGUUGCUUAAGCAACUAGCACACUCAGUUCAGCACAAAGCAAUAGCUCGGAAGGCCUCCCAGCCUAAGCGCGGUGUUGGAGCUUUAGGGAUUGACAUCGACAAGGUCAAGUUGAUGCAGUCAAACAUUGACCAAUUCACAAAACAUAUGUCAAAUUUGCUUCGUAUAGAAAGGGAUGCAGAAUUGGAGUUUACUCAGGAAGAGUUGAAUGCUGUGCCUAUGCCGGAUGAGAAUUCAGAUUUCUCGAGGCCGAUUGAAUUUUUGGUCACUCAUGGGCAAUCACAACAAGAACUUUGUGACACACUUUGUAACUUAGUUGCAGUUAGCACUUCAACUGGAUUAGGUGGAAUGCAUUUGGUGGUGUUUAAAGUUGAAGGCGAUCACCGACUACCACCUACUACCCUCUCUCCAGGGGAUAUGGUCUGUGUGAGAAUAUGUGAUAGUAGAGGCGCUGGUGCAACUUCAUGCAUGCAGGGUUUUGUUGACAAUCUUGGGGAGGAUGGAUGCAGUAUUAGUGUUGCUCUAGAGUCUCAGCGUGGUGAUGCCACUUUUUCAAAGCUCUUUGGUAAGCUUGUGCGAAUUGAUCGCAUUCCUGGAUUGGCUGACACACGAACAUAUGAGCGUAAUUGUGAGGCACUGAUGCUGCUUCAGAAGAAUGGUUUACAGAAGAAAAAUCCAUCCAUUGGUAUUGUGGCUACUCUGUUUGGUGAUAAAGAGGAUGUUGAUUGGCUGGAAGAAAAUAAUUUGGUAGAUUGGAAUGGAGUAGAAGAAGAUGGCCUGUUGGAGAGUAGCAGUUUUGAUGAUUCUCAGCGAAGAGCAAUUGCUUUGGGUUUGAAUAAGAAAAGACCCAUGCUGGUCAUUCAAGGGCCACCUGGUUCUGGAAAAUCAAGGUUGUUGAAAAAACUCAUUGUUAUGUCUGUUGAACGUGGUGAAAAAGUGCUAGUUACAGCCCCAACAAAUGCAGCUAUUGACAACAUGGUUGAAAAACUUUCAGAUACUGGAAUAAACAUUGUGCGAAUGGGAAAUCCAGCACGUAUAUCUGCUGCCGUUGCUUCAAAAUCAUUAGGUGAGAUUGUUAAUGCCAAAAUGGAGAAAUUCAGGACAGAACUGGAAAGGAAAAAAUCAGAUCUAAGAAAAGACCUGAGACUUUGUCUGAAUGAUGAUUCAUUAGCUGCUGGUAUACGUCAGCUUAUAAAGCAACUUGCUAAGACAUUAAAGAAGAAGGAAAAAGAGUGUGUAAGGGAAAUAUUGUCUAGUGCUCAAGUUGUUCUUGCAACUAAUAUUGGAGCUGCUGACCCACAGAUUCGAGGGUUGGGGCCCUUUGAUUUGGUUGUUAUAGAUGAAGCAGGGCAGGCAAUUGAACCCUCAUGUUGGAUCACAAUGCUACAGGGAAGGCGCUGUGUGCUUGCAGGUGACCAAUGCCAGCUUGCUCCAGUGGUGCUAUCUAGGAAUGCACUAGAAGGAGGUCUGGGUAUAUCUCUCCUAGAGAGAGCAGCGAAUUUGCAUGGAGGAAUUCUCAUUGCAAAGUUGACAACCCAGUAUCGGAUGAAUGAUGCCAUCACCAGCUGGGCUUCCAAGGAAAUGUAUGGGGGGUUGCUGAAGUCAGCUUCAAAUGUCUCAUCUCAUCUCCUCAUAGAUUCUCCUUUUGUCAAGCGAACAUGGAUUACUCAAUGCCCACUGCUAUUGUUGGAUACGAGAAUGCGUUAUGGAUAUUUAUCCGUUGGUUGUGAGGAGCAAAUGGAUCCUGCUGGCACUGGAUCUUUCUUCAAUGAAGGAGAGGCAAAUAUUGUUACCAAGCAUGUCCUUUCACUGGUUUAUUCAGGUGUGAGUCCAAAAGCCAUAGCUGUCCAGUCUCCUUAUGUUGCUCAAGUGCAAUUGUUGAGGGAGAGGCUUCAUCAAUUUGAGGAGACUAGAUGUGUUGAAGUGGCAACGAUUGAUAGUUUUCAAGGUCGAGAAGCUGAUGCUGUGAUUAUCUCUAUGGUUCGAUCAAACACAAUGGGUGCUGUUGGCUUCCUUGGGGAUAGUAGGCGAAUGAAUGUUGCCAUAACUAGGGCACGCAAGCAUGUCGCCGUUGUUUGUGAUAGCUCAACUAUAUGCCAUAACACCUUCCUUGCCAGGCUUUUGAGGCAUAUUCGAUAUUUUGGGAGGGUGAAGCAAGCUGAGUCUGAUAAUUUUGAAGAUCCUGGACUUGGCUCCACUCCGAUGUUGCCAACAUUAAGUUGAUGCAACCAUAACGUCCCUUGUCCAACAGUUGAGCUGCUGCUUGUUUUUUUCCAAACAGUCAAAUACAAAUGCCACCACCUCAUUCUUUUUUGUAUAUUGUAUACAGUUGAAUAGCAUUCAAAUGUUUGAAGAAAUUGUUUAUAUUGUAUAAAGCCUUUUUUUUAUAGCGCCUUGUAUAUGUAAAAUAAACUCCUGCAAUUUUUUCAAUAUUCUAUUGCAAUGAACUACAAAAAGUUUCCACA